AUGGGGGAAUGGCACCUGCUUGGAAGGCUGCUGGAGAGCGUGCAAGAGCACUCCACGGUGGUGGGCAAAGUCUGGCUGACAGUGCUCUUCAUCUUCCGCAUUCUAGUCCUGGGGGCUGCUGCAGAGAAGGUCUGGGGGGACGAGCAGUCCAACUUCUCCUGUGACACUAAGCAGCCCGGUUGCCAGAGCGUCUGCUAUGACCAGACCUUCCCCAUCUCCCACAUCCGCUUCUGGGUGCUGCAGAUCAUCUUUGUCUCCACGCCCAGCCUCAUCUACCUGGGCCACAUCCUGCACCUGGUGCGCAUGGAACAGAAGGAACAAGAAAGUCUGCAAGUUCAGGGUAGGAGCAUCAAGAGCCACCCCAUGGGACAGCCUGAACCCACCAAAGUCCCCAUUCGGGACACUCGCGGCAGGAUCCGCCUCCAAGGAGCCAUCCUGAGGACGUACAUUUGCAACAUCAUCUUCAAGACCCUCUUUGAGGUGGGCUUCAUCUUAGGUCAGUACAUCCUGUAUGGGUUUGAGCUGAAACCUCUCUAUACUUGCAGCCGCUGGCCCUGCCCAAACACAGUCAACUGCUACAUCUCCCGCCCCACCGAGAAAACCAUCUUCAUUCUCUUCAUGCUAGCCGUGGCCUGCCUCUCACUCCUGCUCAACAUAAUAGAGAUGUACCACGUGGCCUUCACCAAAUGCAGGAUGAGAAAGACACACACACACAGCCUAGAAGAGCAGGCUGAGAAUCCUGACCCCCGUAGUCCACCCCAUAGCCUCUCUUUGCAGUCUGGCGACAAGGCCACCAUGGGGGGCAGCUCUAGAGCAGGGAUGGUGAAUGACAGCCCCACUUGGGUUGCAAGCCAGAAGCGAGACAGCAAGUGCAGCAAGACCAGCAGCAAAUUGAGGCCCACUGACCUCGCUAUUUAG